CGGCAAAUCGACAAUACCUAAAAGGCGGACCCAAAAGUAAAAUUAAAUUCCGUUAACUGGGGAAGCGGGGAAGCUUUGGAAAAUAUAAAUGCUCCAUCCACAAGGAAAGAUAAUUGAGUUUGCGGAAAGAGGACAAAAGAAGAACGGAAAGCUGUUGGUCGGGAUCCGGCGAAGUUCGUCGGAUUUCGCCCAUUGUCAUAGGAGCUUCUAAAGAAAAACACUUUCAAUCUGAGUUUUAAUAGCAGAAAGAGAAAGGAAUCGGAAAAUGAAGGGAUCUGGACCUCUUGUUGCGUCUGUGCUCGCUGCUUCCACGGUGGCUUUCACAUCAUCCUCCUACGUGGGAACCCAAGAUGUUUCUGUUUGCGCUAGCUCCUCCAACCAGGGGGCAAAAAACGGAGCGUCGAGGAAGUGUACGGCAUCAGAAAAGGAGAAGUUCGCGCCACGUUUUGAUGGGUUGAGGUUCAUAGAGACGUUGGUCACAGCUCACAGAUAGAAGCGGGAAUUAGAAACGACAACCUCGUCCGUUGCCUACUUCUGACUUUUUGUUCUUCAAAACCCCUUUAAUUUUAACCAAAAAAUUUUGGUUAAUUUAAUUGUUACUAUUUGAAUAUGAUGCGAGAUUAUAGAGUGCCGUUUUGUUUGGUUUUGUUUUAUAAUUCCUGUCGUUUUCGUACCCUUAUUGUUGUUUGAGUUAAUUAAUUUUGAUGGUGAUGAAGUUAAAACUCCAAUUCCUGAGGGUUAUAAUUGUUUUUAAUUUUCUUUUGGUUUUUUUUUAAAGCGUAAUUGACAUGGAAAUAUUAAAUUUGUAAUUACAAUUUGCCGAGUAUUGGAAUUUGUAUCUUGAACAAAGCCGCAUGGUUAUGGAGGCUGUACAUAUCACGGGGUGCGUUGGCCCUUGCCCGGGUUUGAUUUUCCCGCAUCAUUUCCUGGUUAUGCGAUGUCGUUUAUCAAGUAUUGCUUGUCAAUACAAGAAACUUGAAAGUUACAGCAAAAAAAAAACUGCUACUUAGAAACAGAAGAAAAACGUUCCAAAUUUUCAAUAGAGUUAAAAGACUUGUAGUACUAUUUUAUCGAUGAUUAAUCAAAACAACUUCCAAUUUUUGGGGUCUUCCACACGAAGUUUUGGGGGAAAGUUGAAACCGAUGAGAUGAGAAAAG